AUCGAAAGAGAAAAUCGCUUUACUACAUUGCAAGAAACAUAUGAUGAAACAAAGAAAAGAUUGUUUAAAGCAGAAGAGCAUAUCGCGAUUGUAAAAGACAAAACGAAUCGACAUCUUAAUGAAGAUGACAAUCGAACGGAUAGAAGGAACGCUUUGACCAUGGACAACAACAGUAAUAGCAAACAAUCGAAAUUGAUAUUAGCAUCAACGUUAAAUUUUGGUCGUCAUAGAGACACCUUCAGGAUUUCUCGUAACAAUCAAGACAGAAACAAGUUAAAGGAAAGAAUAAAAGAAUUGGAAGAUAAACUGAAAAUUCAACAAUCUGUCCGUGAACAAAUGGAAAAAUUGGCUAUAUCAACAGAACGACAAUUGAAAGAUAAACGACAAGAAAUUGAAUACUUUGAACGUACAAUCGAAAGACUACAAACCGAUUGUAAAGGAUUCAAACUGAAUUUAGAAAGUGAACAAGUAAAUAAGAGAAGACUGGAGUCUAGAAUGCAAACAUCGAAAAAUUUAGAGGAAGAGUAUAUGGAACUGUACUCAACCAUUGAACAAAUCAAAAAAGAGACGGACGAUUCAGAAAAACGAUUGCAAGAAAACCCAGGAUUUCAUACACAAGAGUUGAUACUAAUGAAUCGCUUAAAGGAACUGUUAGGAAGAAUGCAAACAAAUGGGAACUAUGAAUUCAACUCAACAAAUCAAAGAACAAUAAAAUCGUAUAAUAUAAAUAACAGCCAAGUAUUUUUCAAUAAUAAAUCGUUGAUUCGCCAUGGAAACUCAGACGACUGCUGAUGACUUUAAGUACUUGAACAGUAGAAGUUAUAUUUUUAUGUUACAAGUUUAAUUUGUAAUUAUUAAAUUAUAUGUAUAUUUGU